GUUGUCAUUCCAGUCGCCAUUUUUCCACGUGGUGUGUAAAUACAAAACACUUGUUGCAGCAAAAUAGUGCUAAUACUUCAGGAAAAAACUGCAAUUUCCACGUUGAAACUGAGCUCUUCCGCUGUGCUGAUCAACAUUUGUGAUGGGAAUUGUACGGUACUACCUCCUGGAGAAUUUGGAUGAGGCCAAGACAGAGGCUCUCCUAAAGCGACUUCGGAAGGUUGAUCCAACAAUUUUUAAAGUUCAUCUUGAGAAAUGCUACCACGUGGAGACGGCAAAAGGGGUAAAAGUGUCUGAGACACAAGAGAAAAUUCUCCGGUGGCUCCUGAAGCAUUCCCAGGAGGAAGAUGCAUUAACUGGAGUGACUACACUCCUCAAACGUUCUCCCAAUUCUGUGCUCAUUGAAAUUGGGCCACGUUUUAACUUCUCCACGGCAGAUUCUACGAAUAGUGUUAGUAUUUGCGAAAGUGUGGGAUUCCAGGGGAUUGUGAAGCGUAUUGAGGUGUCCCUGAGGUAUUUGAUUCAGGCUCGAAAUGGGGACAUUGAGGAGAAGGUGGAGGAAUUGGUGGAAUUGUUGGGUGAUCGAAUGACUCAGUGUCAGUAUACUGAAAAGAAUUUACCUGUGGAGAAUUUCUAUGAACAGGUGUUGCUGAAGAAGCCGGAGAAUUGGUACAGAGUACCUGUGAUGGAGGAUGGAAUUGUAGCUCUGAGGGAGGUUAAUAGUAAACUUGGAUUGGCAUUUGAUGAAUGGGAUUUGCAGUACUAUGGUAAUUUAUUUGGGAAGGUACUGAAGAGGAAUCCAACGAGUGUUGAAUUAUUUGAUUGUGCCCAGAGCAAUAGUGAACAUUCACGGCAUUGGUUCUUCAAGGGACGCAUGAAGAUUGAUGGGGAAUUUGUGGAGAAGAGUCUGAUUAAAUUGAUUGUUGACACACAAGACACGACAAAUCCCAAUAAUACAAUUAAAUUUAGUGACAAUAGUAGUGCAAUUAGAGGAUUUAGGCAGAAAGUCCUCCGACCGAUGACAUUUAGUGGUCCGGGAAGGGUUGAAGUGGUGAAUAUGGAGACAGAUCUGAUUUUUACAGCAGAAACGCACAAUAUGCCAACAGCUGUGGCGCCAUUUAGUGGUGCUACGACGGGUACGGGUGGUAGGAUACGGGAUGUUCAGGGAGUUGGACGUGGAGGAUUGACAAUUGCCGGAACAGCCGGAUACUGCGUAGGAGCUCUGAAUAUUCCAGAUUGCCCGGUUUCUUUUGAGGAUCCAUCUUGGAAGUACCCACCAUCUUUCUCUAGUCCGCUAAAGAUCAUCAUUGAUGCCAGCAAUGGGGCUUCGGACUAUGGGAAUAAAUUUGGGGAACCGGUGAUUUCUGGCUUUGCCAUUUCCUAUGGGAUUCGCGGAAGUGAUGGGGAACGCAAUGAAUAUGUCAAGCCAAUUAUGUUUAGCGGCGGAUUGGGUACAAUGGAUGCAUCCCAUACGAAAAAAUUUGAUCCUGAAAGGAGGAAUCUUCUGGCCAAAUUGGGUGGUCCAGUGUAUAGGAUUGGUGUUGGGGGAGGUGCUGCAAGUUCUGUUGAGGUUCAAGGUGGCAGGGAUGCAACAGAAUUGGACUUUAAUGCUGUUCAACGAGGGGACGCUGAGAUGGAGAAUAAAUUGAAUCGAGUUGUUAGGGCUUGCGUUGAACUGGGCGAUAGGAAUCCCAUCCUGGCGAUUCAUGAUCAAGGUGCUGGAGGGAAUGGUAAUGCCCUGAAGGAGCUGGUUGAGCCAGGAUAUGCUGGAGCUGUGAUUUUUUCCAAGGAAUUCCAAUUGGGUGAUCCAACGAUAACGGCCCUUGAGCUCUGGGGUGCUGAGUAUCAGGAAAACAAUGCCAUUCUCUGUCGCCAGGAGGAUCGUACGGUUCUCGAGGAGAUAUGUGCCAGGGAGAGGUGCCCAAUAAAUUUUGUAGGCGUGGUUACGGGAAAUGGAUAUGUGACACUGUUGGAGGAAGAAGCUGACUUUGACAAGUACCUCGCCCGUGAGAAUCUGCCCAAAGAAACACCCUUUGAUCUCCAUCUUAAAGAUGUACUUGGGGAAAUGCCACGCAAAGAAUUCACUCUCGAUCGAGUUCCACGGGAAUUAUCUCCAAUUAAUUUGCCAGAAAUCAAUCUCCGGGAACAGCUAAAGACUGUUCUGGGUAUCCUGGCGGUGGGCAGUAAGAGAUUCCUCACAAAUAAAGUUGACAGAUGUGUAACGGGAUUGAUUGCUCAGCAGCAAUGUGUGGGAUCUCUUCAUACGCCUCUGGCGGAUUUUGCCACGACAGCUGUGUCAUACUUUGGCCAUGAGGGCAUUGCCACGUCCAUUGGAACACAGCCCAUCAAGGGAUUAAUCUCCCCGGAAGCCGGAGCUAGAAUGUCCGUUGCAGAAGCCCUGUCAAAUCUCGUUUUUGUCGGAAUCUCCGCAUUGGCUGAUGUCAAGUGUUCGGGCAAUUGGAUGUGGGCAGCUAAACUCCCAGGAGAAGGCCUAAAGCUCUAUGAGGCAUGUCAGGCAAUGUGUAGCUUCAUGAAGGAACUCAAUAUAGCGGUUGAUGGUGGAAAAGAUUCCCUUUCAAUGGCUGCUAGAGUCGGCUCGGAAACCAUAAAAUCCCCAGGAACCCUCGUUAUUUCCACAUAUGUCCAGUGUCCGGAUAUCCGGGUGAAAAUUACUCCAGAUCUAAAGAUGCCAUCUCGCGGAGGACGUGGUGAAUUGAUUUUUGUGAGUGUUGAGGAUAAAUUUCGACUUGGUGGUUCAGCUCUGGCUCAGUCAUUGAAUCAACAAGGAAAGGAUACGCCAGAUGUUCAACGGGCUGAUGUCCUCAAAAGGGCCUUUGAGACAACGCAGAAGUUACUGAAGAAAGGCAAACUCCUUGCUGGACAUGACAUCAGUGAUGGUGGUUUGAUUGUCUGUGUCCUAGAGAUGGCUUUUGGGGGUCUAUGUGGACUCAAUGUUGACAUUUCCAGUAUCUUCAAGAGUCACAGUCAUUCCAAUCACAUUCCAAUCCUUUUUGCCGAAGAAUGUGGCUGGAUUCUCGAAGUUGAAACGCAGAAUCUCACAGAAAUUAUUCAAGCUUUCAAGACUGAAAAUGUCCCUGUACAUCACAUUGGUUACUCCAUGGGCAGUGGAAUGAAGUCUCCCGUGAAGAUUCAGUGCCAAGGAAAGGUCCUACUAGAUGUGGAACUUGUGGAACUAAUGAAACAAUGGGAAGCUACGAGUUAUGCCUUGGAGAAACUUCAAAUGAAUGCUGAGUGCGCUGAGGAAGAAUUUCAAGGGCUAUCCUGUAGGAAAGUUCUUAAGUACUCCUGCACAUACAAUCCCGAUGAGGAAAUUCUUCUCCAGGAGCCCUCUAGCCCAAUCCGGGUCGCAGUGAUCCGUGAGGAAGGGACAAAUGGAGAUAGAGAAAUGAUAGCAUCGCUCUAUACAGCGAAAUUUGAAGUCCACGAUGUCACGAUGACUGAUCUCCUGGCCAGGAAAGUCACCCUUGAUGCUUAUAGGGGUGUCAUCUUCCCAGGAGGCUUCAGCUACGCCGAUACUCUGGGCUCUGCUAAGGGUUGGGCAGCUACCAUUCUCUUCAGUGAUGUUUUGAGGCCUCAAUUCGAUCAUUUCCGCCAACGCAAGGAUACAUUCUCCCUUGGUGUCUGCAAUGGAUGCCAACUGAUGAGUCUCAUUGGCUGGGUGGGUAAUUCCACAAGUUCCAAGGGUAGUGCUUUUGACAUUCCCGACGUAGCACUCCUACACAAUCGCUCAGAACGCUACGAAUGCCGAUGGUCAACAGUAAAAAUUGCCGCAGAUACCAAUUCCAUCCUCUUCAAACGCAUGAAAGGAUCAGUCUUGGGCUGCUGGAUUGCUCAUGGUGAAGGACGCUUUUCAUUCCGCACGCAGGCUGUCCUAGAAGGGCUAAAGAACCGUCAAUCUAUUGCACUGCACUACGUCGAUGAUGAUCACAAACCCACGGAAUUGUAUCCGAUGAAUCCGAAUGGGAGUGUCGAGGGAAUUGCAGGGAUAUCAUCUGAAGAUGGACGUCAUCUGGCUCUAAUGCCUCAUCCAGAGAGGUGCAGCAUCCUCUGGCAGUGGCCAUACAUUCCGCACGAUUUCGUGCAUAAGAAAUCUCCCUGGCAGACAAUGUUCGAUGAGGGAUUCCUCUGGUGCCAAUCCAAUUUUUCAUAAGGUAAGGUUUUGGAAAGUUUGUUUUAUGUAUAUGCAUUAUUUUUUUGUUCAAUAAAUUUUUAUUAAAUUUU